ACAGUGUAUAGUUUGACAGUGUGGACGCUCGAUGUCACGUGUUUAAGUAGAGUAGACACAUCAUUUUUUACAGCGAAGAAAGUUUAUGUCACUUCCUCGUGUGUAGUGUUUGUUUUGCACUUCCUCUGAUUAAGAUGCUAUUAGCGUUGCUAAACCUGACGCUGAACGGAUGCUUUGGCGCAGAGGUGAAUGUACGCAGAGUAUGUGUGAGCUGAUCAUCUCGGGAUGAUGAAUCAGAGCGAGGAUAGAGAGGAGGGAGCUCCUGCCUCUGAACCUACUCUGUGUGGGGAGCACAAGAGCCAGACCGAAGCCCAGAGGAGUCAGAGACCAGACUUCUUUGUGUCUCCACGAAAACCUAAACCCAGCUGUGUGUCCUCAAACAGUGACGAAUCAAUGGAGCCACCAAUAUUCUUUGCUAAAAAGAAGAUUAAUAUGGCAUCUGAAUCCAGCGGUGUGUCUUCAAACAGUGUCCAAUCUAUGGAGCCACCAAUAUUCUUUGCUAAAAAGAAGACUUGUCUGACACAAGAAUCAUCUGUAUCGGGACCCAAACCUAAACCUGAACCCAGCUGUGUGUCCGCAAACAGCGACGAAUCUAUGGAGUCACCAAUAUUCUUUGCUAAUAGGACGACAGAGAGGCGGGGACAACCUGCAGAGAGCGACGACGUCCCAACUUGGAAACAUCAAAGAUUUGAGUGGGGGUGCUCCGAGGUUCCCAAUGGUCAGUCUGCUCAGCUGCCUCAAACACAGCUGGACUCUGUGUUUAUGAUGCUGGAAGACAACAUGGUUGCUUUUGUGAAGAGUGAGCUAAAGAGGAUAAAGAAGAUCCUGAGUCCAGAAUGCUUUGGGGGUGAGGAUGAGGAGGUGCUUGACGGUGAACAUGGGGGGAGCAGCAGAGAGGCGUUUCUGAAGAUCACACUGGACUUCUUGAGGAAGAUGAAGCAGAAGGAGCUGGCUGAGUGUCUUGAGAGUGGAUCCCGUGCUCCGCUUUGUCAAGGCAAACUUAAAUCUAACCUGAAGAGGAAGUACCAGUGUGUGUUUGAGGGCAUCACUAAAGCAGGAAACCCAACCCUCCUGAACCAGAUCUACACAGACCUCUACAUCACAGAGGGAGGCAGCGGAGAGGUCAACGAGGAACACGAGGUCCGACAGAUCGAAACGGCCGCCAGGAAACUGCACCGAGCGGAGACGACCAUCAAACAAGAAGACAUCUUUCACGCCUCACCUGAAAGAGAUGAACCAGUCAGAACGAUGAUGACCAAGGGAGUGGCAGGCAUCGGGAAAACCGUUUUGACGCAGAAGUUCACUCUGGACUGGGCCGAGGACAAAGCCAACAGAGACGUACAGUUCAUGUUUCCGUUCACUUUCCGAGAGCUGAAUCUGCUGAAGGGGGAAGAGUACAGCCUGGUGAAACUCAUUCAUCACUUCUUUACAGAAACCAAAGAAGCAGGAAUCUGGAGUUUUGAAGAGUUCCAAAUGGUAUUCAUCUUUGACGGUCUGGACGAGUGUCGACUCCCUCUGGACUUCCGCAACACAAAGAUCCUGACCGAUGCGACGGAGUCCACGUCGGUGGACGUGCUACUGAUAAACCUCAUCAGGGGGAAACUGCUUCCCACUGCACGUCUUUGGAUAACCACAAGACCCGCAGCAGCCAAUCUGAUCCCUGCUGAGUGUGUUGACAUGGUGACGGAGGUCAGAGGGUUCACAGACCCACAGAAAGAGGAGUACUUCAAGAAGAGGUUUCAGAAUGAGGAGACGGCCAGUGAGAUCAUCUCCCACAUAAAGAUGUCACGCAGCCUCCACAUCAUGUGCCACAUCCCAGUGUUCUGCUGGAUCACUGCCACAGUUCUGGAGAACGUGUUGAAAAGCAGAGCGGUAGGGGAGCUUCCCAGGACCCUGACUGAGAUGUACAUCCACUUCCUGGUGGUUCAGUCCAAACUGAAGGUGGUCAAGUAUGACGGAGGAGCUGAGACGGACUCACACUGGAGUCCAGAGAGCAUGGAGAUGAUCAAGUGUCUCGGGAAACUGGCUUUUGAGCAGCUGCAGAAAGGAAACCUGAUUUUCUACGAAUCGGACCUGAGAGAUUGUGACAUCGAUGUCACAGCAGCCUCCGUGUACUCGGGAGUGUUCACCCAGAUCUUUAAAGAGGAGCAAGGUCUGUAUCAGGACAAGGUGUUCUGCUUCGUCCAUUUGAGUGUUCAGGAGUUUUUGGCUGCUCUCCAUGUGCAUCUGACCUUCAUUAAUUCUGGAGUUAAUCUGAUGUCGCAGGAGAAAUCAAACUCCCAGAUGCCUGAAGCAAGAAAACACGAGUCUGCAACGACACACUUCUAUCAGAGCGCUGUGGACGAGGCCUUACACAGUCCUAAUGGACACCUGGACUUGUUCCUCCGCUUCCUCUUGGGUCUGUCGGUAGGAACAAAUCAGACUCUCCUUCGAGGCCUGCUACUGACACAGACAGGAAGUGGCUCGUGGACCUAUCAGGAAACAAUCGAGUACAUCAAGAAGAAGAUCGAAGCGACGUCCUCUGCAGAGAAGAGCAUCAACCUGUUCCACUGCCUGAAUGAAGUGAACGAUCGUUCUCUCGUGGAGGGGAUCCAGCAGUACCUGAGAGCAGGAAGUCUCUCCAUGUGCAAACUGUCUCCUGGUCAGUGGUCAGCUCUGGCUUUCAUCUUACUGUCAUCCGCUAAAAACCUGGAUGUGUUUGACUUGAAGAAGUAUUCGGCUUCAGAGGAGGCUCUUCCCCGGCUGCUGCUCGUGGUCAAAGCUUCAAGCAAAGCUCUAAUGAGCGGCUGUAACCUCUCAGAGAGAAGCUGUGAGGCUCUGGCCUCAGUCCUCAGCUCCAAGUCCUCUAGUUUGAGAGAGCUGGACUUGAGCAACAACAACCUGCAGGACUCUGGAGUGAAGAUGCUGUCUGCUGGGCUGCAGAGUCCACACUGUGCACUGGAGACUCUCGGUCUGAGCGGCUGCAACCUCUCAGAGAGAAGCUGUGAAGCUCUGGGCUCGGUCCUCGGCUCCGAGUCCUGUAGUCUGCGAGACCUGGACCUGAGUAACAACAACCUGGAGGACUCUGGAAUGCAGCUGCUGUCCGUGGGACUACAGAGUCCUCACUGUGCACUGGAGACUCUGAGGCUGGGGCCUGACACUGUCUGGUGGUUGAGGCCAGGUCUGAGGAAGUAUUUCCUUGAGCACACCUUUGACACAAACACACUGAACAGGAACCUCCAAGUGUCUGACGACUCCAGGACGGUGACACACGUGGACGACUCCCUGAGGUAUCCCGAUCACACCGAGAGGUUUGACGACCGGCCCCAGCUGCUGUGCUCCAACGCUCUGACCGGUCGCUGCUACUGGGAGGUCGACUGGAGCGGCAUCGCCUGCGUGUCGGUGAGCUACAGAGGAAUCGCGCGCAAGGGAGAGGGCGACGACUGUUGGUUCGGGAGGAACACUCAGUCCUGGGCUCUGUACUGCUCUGAUGUUGAGGGAUGCACGAUCACACACAAUAACCGUCACGUCUGCUCUGAGGGCAGUUACCUCGCGUAUCACGACAACGAGCUCACGACCAGCCCCGUCACCUCCUCCUUCACUCGCCCAAACAGAGUAGCGGUGUUCGUGGACUGUCCUGCGGGGACGCUGUCCUUCUUCGCCGUCUCCUCUGACUCGCUCGUCCACCUGCACACCUUCAACACCACGUUCACCGACACUCUUUAUGCUGGGUUUGGCUUCUGGAGCUGGUCUGGUGCCUCGGUCUCUCUGCCUGCAGUGUAGCUCACACAAUUUACUCGUUUGGUUGGUGAAAACAGUCGCUGAAGAGACGAGUUCACCGACAUAUUGCCUGAUUUAUGUGUAUAUAUACAUAUACAUACAUACACACACACACACACACAUAUCUACAGAGGUGAACAGCUUCGUAUCCUGCCCAGGGGGCGUUACCAAGUCACUACCGGACCAAAAUCUACACCCCUACUUAAUGACACAGGUAUUUUGUAUGAAAUGAACAAAAUGUUCCAUUUUAACUCGAAUCCAUCCACAAGUCUGUCCUUUGACAGCAAAUUCAGCCUUACUUUUCCUGUACUGUUGCAAAGCAAGCAUUCUGCACUUUCCCUUUUCCUCUUCAAGGAAGCAGCUGAUUCUCAGAACUCAUCAUAGGCGUUUAACUCAACUUUCCAUUGGCUUUUUAAUAACUUUCAAACUUCAAAAGGCAGAAAGGUCGGACUUAUGCCUCCAUAACUGCUUAUGAAAAACUAACUACAGUUCACCUUAUGGCGUGACUAAGACACUAUUCACUCGUUUGUGUGUGUGUCACGUGUAAAACAAAGUCACCGCAGUUCCACACAGCCAUGCAGUGAUGACUAUCCCCACGCUGAAUAGGUACUAAGCCAUGACGUGCUGUGCUCCUGUGACACUAAAUAGAUCUAGUUCACCUUAUGUAAAUAUAAAAAGGUAGAUUAUAUUGAAUAGCCACUAGGGGGCAACUCUGCUGGUAGCAAAAAGAAACCCCCAAUAAAGGAAGUCUGUGGUAAAAUGAGCUUUGACUUUUAACUUGAUCUAUAACAUCAGUAAACACUACUGACAAACAAGUCACUGCACUUACUAUCUAGUUUCAGCCGUCAAUAGGAAAUGGUGUUAAAUUUGUAAAUAAUGUUCCCAAUUAGAGGAAAAAGUGGACACCAGUGUGAUUGACAGCUGGUAUUCAGUUGAAGCCUGGUUAAAAAACAUGGCAAAAAUAGGUUUACUUCAUUCCAUUGAAAAAUGAUGUGUGAGUGAGUGAGUGAGUGAGUGAAGGGCCAUACCUCAAACCCAUUGGCUUUGAUGAUUAAACAUCCCGAACUCGACUGAAGCAUUCCAAAAACGAUAAAUCCAAAAACUCCUCCGCAAAAUCCGUGCUUCAACUAUCCUCUGUUUGUUAGCGUCGCAGCUGACUGACAGAAAAGCUAAGAUCAUAUGAUUCCAUACGAGCUUGAUGCAUGACGACCGCAGUCACACACAGGAAACAGCGCGUUCAUAUUCACAACAUACACUCAUGACUCUCACUGACUCGGUGGGUCCUGAGCGCAGCAGAAAAGCACAGGUGUGACUCAUCACGUUAACGACGACUGUGUUCAGGCAGGCAGGGGCAGUUUCAGAAAAUGUCCUUUUUAAAACUAAAGAAAGUGCUUUUGUCCAUUUUUCCCCCACCAGAAUACUUAGAACUUUCAAUAUCUGGCAGGUAUUUACAAUUUACUGCAUAUUUAAAGAGUGUAGUAACAGUUUAAAGUAAAUAUUGACAUUAACAUAGUAAGAUUCAAAAAACAAACAUAAUGUUGUGUCGACACUUGGCCCAAAACUAAUUUUUCAUCCACUCGUUAAUUCAAAAGACGUGUCAUUCAUUUGAUUAUUUACACCUGUGCUUCUCCAACUAUGACCUCUCAAAAUGGCUGCUGUAUUAAGCACCAAGUAGACAAAAGUUGCCUCUUGAAACACAAGACUUACUUGAAUAACUGUUGCCUUGUAUUGUUUACUUUUUUUU